AUGAAAAAUGUUCCCGAACAGCUGCAACGGUUCUUUGAUAUUGAGGCAGAGGUGGACAGGGAGGAUUUCGACAGCAACAAUGAGGAGGAUGGCCUCCACCAUGCGUACGACUUCAUUGAUGACGAGGAGCCAACUGUGUGUGAGCCAACUGAACCACAUCCAUCAUGGAACGACCUUCAAAACGGAGACAAAAUUGACGAUGUCCUGGCUGGAAUCAUGGCUGAUGACCUUGCCUACAUUGCAGGCAGAUUACUGAGUGCUGAAGACUGUCUGCUUUGGCGUGUUGGCUGCAGGCUGGGUCUUGAGGAGGAAGCCGUGUUUUCGCUCCUGCUGAAGGCGAGGGAAGAGCAUCAAAUCCAUUCUGCAUUCACAUGUGGGUUGCUGCGAGGUUGGGUCUACCUGGAGGCCCUCAUGAAUCCAAAUCUCAUCCACCUCCUCGAGCGGACACCCGGAAUCAUUCGCACCAAACAGGGCAUUGUACGGCACAGAAUCGAACCCUCAGAUUGGCUGCAAAUGUUGACAAUGACGAACCCUGACACUUCCAUGGAAGUGAACCAGUGGGUCCAAGUCCGUAAGGGAAUCUACAGAGGCGACAUUGGCCUCAUUGUUAAAGUAGAAAGUUGGGGAGUAGAAGUGCUCCUGGUUCCCCAUCUGGUGGCGCCCAUUAUGGAGCCUUCAUUGAAGCAAAAACGAUCUGUUGUUCCCCCCAAACCAGCUUUAUUUGAACCCAACGUCAUCAAGUAUCUCUACGACAUCAAUCCCAUCCAAAAAUCCGACAGAUCGUACACCUUCCAUGGACUUCAUUUCGAACAUGGACUCCUAUGGAAACAUUACGACUUUCACUCACUUGCCUCUACUGCUGUCGACAUGCCAUCUUACUUCUUCCUUCUGUUCAAAGCCAGCGACCACCCCAGCCUUCACGCAUCCAGAUUUCCUUGCCCUCGAGAAUGGAUCUUUGAACAAGGCGACCGUGUUAUCAUCCGUUCUUCAGGCAAAAGCAGCGUAGUGGCUGUCAUUGGAACUAACAACUUGGAAGUCAAUCUCAGAGCAGAAAACGGUACAGAAAUUUUUCCCUGGAGUGAUAUCCAGAAGGAUGUUUGCAUCGGGGAUUUCAUUACCGUUACAAGCAGACGACUCCAUGGCACAACAGGGUGGGUCAACAAGGUUGAUGAAGAUGUCGUCCAUGUCAUAGAGAAGCACGUUGACGACCACAACACAGACACCAAUCUCAGCAGUUCCCUCAAGGAAUUCGAAGUCCAUCUGAAUUGGCUGAAAGUUACCACCACCCCGUUCCUCCAUGCAUCGCAUGCACCCAGCCAAGUCCUCCCACUUUUCAAAGACCAAGUGCCAUGGAUCGGCACCUCUGUCACUAUAUUCAGAAUUGGUCAUCCUUACAAGGGACGUUCUGGCGUCGUCAAAAAUGUUCUCCGCAGCCAACCAACAGAUAGCGGGCUGAGAAUCGAGAUGCAACUCACCUACCUGGAUCCCUCAAAGCCUUUCCCACUCAUUGUUGUCGACUAUGGCAAUGUCAUUGAAACAAUCACCGCACUACAGCUGUUCGACUACGCCAAACCCACGAGCAUGCUCUUCAAGCCGAAUGAUUACAAGCCAUGGCCUGCACUGUCGCAGGUGUCAACCUCUGGUGGGCCAACUCGGACUCCUGCACCUGCAACACCUGGCUGGAGUCCGUCUUUGCAACCCAUUUCAUUGACACCUGCCUGGGAUCCUUCAUCACAAACACCAAUUUCUUCCCCCAUGUCACCCGUUGCCACCAGCGGUACCGCCCUGCCGCUACAAGAAUUGCCUCAUCAUUUGCUUUUGGACCCAUGCCUGGUUGGCACAACCCUAAAUGUUAUUGUAAACGGUGGUAGCUACAGUGAGAAGGAGCUUUCUGUCACCAUCGACAAGGUCGACGGACAGGUCAGCAUCUGCCAUGUUGUAUAUAACAAAUCGACUGGCCUUCCUCCAGAGUGGGUCUCACCGAAACAUCCGAAUGCGACACGCAAUAAUGGACUUCUUGUCAUCAUCAAAGGUGAACACUGCAGCAAACUUCGUCUUUCCGAAAAUACUGUUGACCCUGAGCGCGUAUCCGCUCGUUGCCAUUCCGCAAACGAUCCUCUUCUGUCCGUACUGUCAACACUGAGCACAUACACGCUCGACGAGCUGGCGCCAACCCUCAGAAGCCAGAAGACUCUUGCAGCGCUGCUGGCGUCUUCUGACCAUCGCUCCUCACCGUUGUCAUCACCGCCUGCAUCACCUACCACUGUUUUACAACCGCCGCCACUGGGUCUAACCGACUCAAACACAACUGUCACCGUCACUGCGGAAGACGACACGAAUCCCCUCGCAAACCAGUCAAACACCUCUUCGAACACCUCUUACUGGGGAUCUGAAUCGGAUUCCAAAAUUAUAACUGCAUAUAUUCAACAAAAGACCGCAUAUAACCGCACCGAGAUGGCUCCGAACAAAGAAGCAACGGUUGAACACCCUGUAGUGAAGCACUGCCCUGUGCUUACCACAGGGGACUUAUCUCCGAAAGCCGCUAUGGAACUCAACAACGCGUUCCAGGAUUACUUCACUGCCUGUAGCCACUCAAAAGCCUUGACCAAACUGGAGAAGGUACCCUUGAUCCUGUCUGCAUUCAAGGACCUCCACAUCCGAGACUGGAUUGUGUCGGACAGGGCCUGCCUUCUCAAACUCAUGUACGACGAGUUCAUGCAGGAGCUACACGACAACUAUUUGCUGAAUGACUGGAUCGAGAAUGUUCGCAACGAGAUGCUGAGCGCACACCAACAGAAGAACAAGCAGUUCUGGUUGUGGACUCAGAAGAUGAAAGCAAUGAAUAUCUUGCUGCAAGGAACAACCUCCCACUUCAACGACGAUCAGAUGCGCCAGCAGCUCGAAGGUCUCAUGGACGCCGAUCUCCGCAAAGCCGCUGCCCGGAAGGGCAUCAAUGCGAAGACCGCGCUGAAGGACUGGAUUGAAGCAGUGAAGAACUUGGACGAGGAGUAUGUGUAUGAGCGGAAGAGGUACCGGGACGCGUUCCAGGAGGACCAACGUAAUGCAAAGCGUACUGCCCUUGCAGGUAACACAGGCAACACACAGAAGUCCUCCAAGCCAGGUACCUCGAACAACCGUAUGACGGGCGGAGGGAAAUGGAAGAAGCUCCCCAAGCUCGAACAGUCUGAGAAAGACCUGCUCGAAGAGUACAGCGGAUGCUGGAAAUGCCGCCAGUUCUUUGUGUACCACAUGACGCUUAGCUGCCCAAACAACUUCCCAUCCAGAGUGAAUUACAAGAUGUUAACGCUUACCAAUGUACAGAAGCACCCAAAGUACAAGCCUAAUGCGAGUGCUUUGGGCUCGAAAACCAAGGGCAAAACUGUCGCCGACGACUCUGAUGAAGAGAACAAUGCCAUUGCCACUAUGAUGAACGGCGUCCUUGGUGACAGAACAGAUUCGGAGGAAGAUGUCGACAUUGACGAGGAUGUGAGUCCGCCAAUCUGCGCAAAGCAUUUUACAUGGCGAGCACUACUGACUGGGCCACGCGUUGAAUUUCCAGUGAAGGUCUCGACCCUCAUGGAUAACGGCGCUCAUCUCGUGUUGAUAUGCCCUGAACUGGUAGACUCGCUUGGCCUUGAACGUUUCGCACUGCCCAAACCCGAAGAAGUAGACGUCGCAAUAAAGAACUUGAAAGAAAAAGUAAAGACCGUAUUGAACGAAUAUGUUAAGUUCUCUGUUACUUCAUUAGACGGACGUUGGACGUCUCGUACGAUCCACGCCCUUAUCGCUCCUGGACUGUGCAUGCCCAUAAUACUUGGACUACCGUUUUUGAUACAUAAUCACAUUGUUACCGACCAUGCAGACUGCUCCUGUAUAGACAAAAAGACAGGAUAUAAUUUGAUGAAUCCUGCACCUCCGCCGAAGCCCAAAGAAAAGCCUCUGCCCCCUAAGCAGAAACGAUGGGAAUUCGACAGACAAGUCGCGGCUGUUAAACUGCUUAAGAAGGAUACCUUGGCAGAAAUGUCUGCCCUGAUGAAAGAUCGCAUCGUUAAAGCUGACGAAGACAAUGAAAACGUACAGGUACGGCUAGUAGCAGCUGUACAUGAACGCAUCGAGAUUUUGGCAAACUGGGAGAAACUACAGGCAAAACUUAAAGAAAAAGAACGCCUUUUGAAAGAUGAAUUCCACAAUAUUUUCGAACUUAUACCACAUGUUGACGAACUACCGAUCAAAUUUCUUUUGGAAAUACAUCUUAAAGAUGCGACGAAAAAUGUGAAAAGCCAUACUUACGCAUGCCCACGGAAAUACCGAGAAUCCUGGCAAACAUUGAUCAAACAGCACUUAGACGCCGGCCGAAUUAGGCCUUCAUCCUUGCGGUAUGCUUCACCGGCAUUUAUUAUUCCCAAGGCAGACCCAAACGCACUGCUGAGAUGGGUAAACGACUACCAAGAGCUGAAUGCUAACACAGUCGAAGACAGCCAUCCGAUACUGCGCCAGGACAAUAUUCUGACAGACUGCGUGAAAGGCAAGAUUUUCGCACAAAUUGACAUGACAAACUCGUUUUUCCAGACACCUAUGAAUCCAGACCAUAUCCACCUGACAGCCAUCACCACGCCGUUUGGCUUGUAUGAAUGGACGGUGAUGCCGAUGGGGCUAAGGAAUGCCCCUGCCAUCCACCAACGCCGGGUAACACAUGCCUUGCAGGAUCAAAUUGGACGCAUCUGCCACAUCUAUCUGGACGACAUUGUUAUAUGGUCCCAGGACCUCGAGGAACAUGAACGGAACGUACGAGAAGUGCUGACGGCACUGCGAGUCGCUAAACUGUACGUGAAUGAGAAGAAAUUGUGCUUAUUCUGUACAGAGAUCAAUUUCGUCAGCCACCGCAUCUCUGCUGCGGGCAUCGAGGCUGAUGGGAAGAAGGCCAACAGGAUUAUCAACUGGCCUGUUCUGAAAUCAGCGACAGAAGUACGUGCCUUCCUUGGCCUCGUACGAUACCUAUCUGCCUUCCUACCGAACCUUGCUGAACAUACAUUUGUCCUGAACAAACUGAUGAUGAAGGACGCCGACACAGAAUUUCCACCUUGGACAGCAAAAGAACAGAAGGCCUUCGACGCCAUCAAGCAGAUUGUUGUCGGAUGCGACUGCCUGAUGACGAUUGACCAUGCAAAGAUGCCAGAAAACAAAAAUUUCAUAACAACCGACACUAGCGAAUUUCGUUCUGGUGCCGUCCUCUCCUUUGGAAAGACCUGGGAAAUGGCUCGACCAGUGGCCUUCGAUUCAAUGACGUUCAAGGGCGCCAAACUGAACUAUCCCGUACACGAGAAAGAACUGUUGGCCAUUAUCCAUGCCUUGAAGAAAUGGCGCUGGACUUAG